AUGGAACCACUCACGGCCCCAAAUCCGGUGAAGUUUUCUAAAGCUUUGGGGAUGAAUUUUAAGGCAGCAAACUCCAACGGAAAGAUAUGGUUUUUUGUGGAGGAAGGGGCGGAUUUUGAGGUGGUGGACGACUCGGACCAAAUAAUCCACGGGAAAUACCUUUGCCCGUGGCUACCUUGUUCCAUUAUGGUGUCGGCCGUGUACGCAAAGUGUACUAGGGGAGAACGAGUUGCGCUUUGGGACAAAAUGAGAGAAAUUUCAGUAAACACCGAAGGGAUGCCUUGGGUCAUUGGCGGGGAUUUUAACACCAUCCUCUCUACACGAGAUAGGGCCGGAAGUGACACUAAUCGACAAACGGAGAUGAUCGACUUCGCCGAAGCAAUCGAGGACUGCAGACUACUUGACCCAGGCUAUGACGGGUCGGACUUUACGUGGGCCAAGAAUGGCCUCUUCGAAAGACUAGAUCGGGUGUUGGUAAAUGAACCGUGGGCCCGAAUCUUUGAAGCGGUGACGGCAACAAACCUUCCGCGGGUGGCCUCGGAUCAUUGCCCGGUGCUGGUGCGGUGCAAGUUGCCAAGUACUCACUCCGGGGGCAGCCCCAUCCGCUUUCAAAAUAUGUGGAUCCGCCAUGAUAGCUUCAGUGAUCUAGUUCAAGAAGAUUGGGGCAAGCCGACGGAAGCACAAGGUCUUCUCAACCUCCAAAUCAAACUUGCUAGAAUCAAGAAAACCUUGAAGAAAUGGAACAAGGAGGUCUUUGGGAAUAUCCACACUAAUCUCAGGGACUUUGAAGAGAAAAUUGUGAAGGCCCAAGCCGACUUUGAGGAGAGGCCUUCGCCGGAGAAUAGGAUGGGAAUUAACAAACUCAUUGCCGAGUACAUUUGUCUCUUGAGAAUGGAGGAAGAUUUCUGGCGUCAAAAAACUACUCUCCGAUGGCUCACGGAGGGAGAUAAAAAUACGAGAUUCUAUCAAAGUUAG